AUGCAAAAGGCGCGGAGCAACUCCAAUCCGUCAGGAUUCUACAGUCCACACGGCGUUACUGUGCUCUGGCAUGGAUGGCUCAAGAAGCUUGGGCGCUUCAGUAAGCGCUGGCGGAAACGGUAUUUUGUGUUCCUGUCAACGCCCAAUGGGAUGAAAGAGCUACGUCACUAUGACACACUCAAGGACGUCAAUACUCUGCUCAUGUCUACGCCUCAAGGCGUCAUCUCGCUCACAGACGCCACGGGCAUCUGCUGCUUCACUCCUGUACCCACAUCAAGCAGGAAGCCUAUGAAAUUUAAUCGCUCCGAAAUCAAUGACUCGAGACCAGGCGCAUACGACCAGAAAUUUGCAGUAUUGACACCUCUUCACGUGAAUUUACUGGCUUUUUACAAUGGCAGAGACUGGAGCGGUGUUAGUGAGUCACAGCAGGGACUGUCGCUGCUGGCAUCAUUGUCGGCAUUUUAUCCGACUAUUGAUGUUCUUCAUUCAGGGUGGAUGACGAAACGAAGAGAGCGCAAUGUGCACAGUCCGAAGAGUAUCAUGACGUACUGGAAGCGGCAUUUUUUCGUUUUUCUGACGUCGGGUGACUUGCUCUAUUUUCGAGAUGAUUCAUUAAGCGAACUGCAGGGCCGCGUGGACGUUCGACAUGCUCCUACUGUUCGAGUUACAGGGGAGCAGCUUAUAGAUGGAAGGAAAAAAGAUGGAGGCAUGUUCAAGUUUGGCAAGUUGCCAGCGUUCGAACGGGAGACGUGCUUGAUUUGGAUUGCUACGCCUCCAUCGAAGAUGUUCGUUUUGAAGCUUGUGGAUGAUCAUGAUGAAUCGAGCGGUGGUGCUAGUAGCGGAGGAAAAGCUGGCCUUGGGUCUUCAGGUGUGAUGGUCACUUCCAGGAAAGCUGAGCUUACUCCGAGCUCGAAAAAGUGGUUACAGCUAUUGUUGCAGGGGCAUGCAGAGACAAAGUACACACAGCUUGAGAAAUGCAUUGCAACGGGCAAAUAUGGGCUGACCACAGAGGUUAUAUCUGCAAUUCGUGCUGGAAUCCCGGAUGAGCUGCGUGGACAACUUUGGACAGGAUUUUCUGGUGCCAUAGAUCUUCAACGACGCGUAGAGCUUAAGCACGCAAUCCACAGUGCAUCCAAGUCAGCUACCGCAUUCCGCAGGAACCCCUGGGAAUCCUCUGGCAAAGCUACUUUGGAAUCUUCUAAACUUCCGACAACGAAGAAGCACGCGAUUUAUGAAAUGUUCUCCGCGGCUAUUGACGCGAGUAAAAUGAAUACGCCGGAGAACCAAAUGCUUUUCUCCCGGUUGUGUGCGUUAGUAUUGCAAGAAAGUGGACAUGUACCAGUCAGUGUACGCCCGGGUGAGCUUCACACAUCAACGGGCCGAUUUGGUCGGGCUAUUUCGGAUGCGUCAAACACGUCGGAUCAAUUCAGCGAAGACAGGGAAUCGUUUUUUGAUGACGAGCGAGAUUCAAUAGAUAAUGAUGAUGAUGAUGAGCUGAUCGAGAUGGAAAAUUUUAAAACCGGCAAAGAUUCCUUUGAUGUCUCAGCACGAAAUACGCUCAAACAACUUGAGAAGGGUAAAAUGGGCAAUUAUGUGUACCCCAGCGACUACCCGGCAGCCGAGUGGGAAUUGGCAUCACGGCGACGGCUUCUCAUUGCAAGCUCGCGAUAUAAUCCAUACACACAUCCAUUAUCAUGGCGAGUGUCUUGCUUACUGCUGGCGUACGUGGAAGAAGAGGGCGCUUUUUGGAUUACGAACAGCAUAAUUGACUCGCUUCUUCCGGGUUACUUCCACGGCUAUCGACCAGCUUUGCAGAUUGAUGUGGCAACUUUCACUGCGCUCUUACAGGACCGCUUACCAGCCCUCGCUUCUCACUUAGCAGCAUUGAAGUUUCCUCUUGGACGACUAGUUGAACGCUGGUUUUUGAGUUUGUUUACUGCCUCGCUCAUUCCUCUUCCCACAGUGCUUCGAAUAUGGGACGCCUUCUUCAUUCGUGGUGUGCUAGUAUUCUACGGAGUUGGUCUUGCAUUGAUGUUUCGCGCGGAGGAAACACUCUUUUAUGCCAAAACUGCAACAGAAGCCGAGGAGUACUUGCAAGCUAGUGAGCGCAGCUGCAUCGAUGCAGAUGCAGUGUUUUCGCUUGUGUUCAAAGACGAUCUUACCAUUCCAUGGCUUACGGAUGAGCAACUUGAAAGGUUGAGGUCGACACAUCGCCAUCGAGUUUUGGAGCGAGUAUCGCAAAAAGUGGGAUAUUUAAAAGACAAACUGAGCAUUCUGAAGCUUACACAAGAUCUGGGCUCGCGUUGUCAUGCUGUUGCCAAGCAGUUCCUCAAUGACCGAAUAGGUGCUAGGGCUGCUUGCAAGCUCAGCGAAGCCAGCUACGCCAACGAUGACAACGACCCGUACGAUAUGUGCGGACUUGACGAUGAAGUCAAUGAUCUGGAUCUUGGCUUCGAGGGCGACAGACUUGAUAAUUCAUUCCAGGUUUCUCUGCAUUUGCUACUUAAGCAAGUACGAGAAUCUUCUGCGGCAGCCGAAGCGCUUGCUGUAGCGCUGGGUCAGCGGAAAGCGAAGUGGUUGGCCGCAUCAAGCCAGCUUGCAGCAUGCCCUCUUGCUCGAUCGUCCACGCCAGACUCGCACAGCUGGCUUUCGCAAGUUAAGGAAGGCAAAAUCUCGGGUGCCGGCCACGAUGCAUCUUCGCUCUUUACACCCGAUAGCGGUGGUUUUGUUUCUGCCUCUCAUGUUAUUGAAGCUUCUGGCAUGGUAUUUGACACUGGCGAGACUGCCCAGAAAAGCUGCCUGUUGACGGAGAGAGAGGAUCUGGGAGUAUCAGACCGUCAUCUGGCUGAUGUGUUCUUGUACGCAAUGGUAUCGAUGCUAAGGUCGUUGUGCGCUGUUCGUCUAGAAUGCCUGGGUGUGACGUAUCGAUUCAUGUGGCAUGGCGGGUCCUGGCUGGAUUCUGCUGUCGAGUACCCUUCGUUUUCAACGAUUGCGGGGACCGUAACGACUCCACCAAGUACACCAAACUCACGACACUCUAUUCGAAAUGAAACGUUAACGGUAUCUCAGUCAUCAAUUUCGUCUGCCCAGCCAAAACGGCGUCUGCCAGCGAUGGACGACUCAGCCUUGUCCGGUUAUAAACGCGGGGAUUCAAGUGCUUCUACACCGCGACGAAAGGGGCGGCCAGCAACGCGCAGCUUUUACAACCCGGGUAGGUCGCCAACACGAUUACGCACCAGCUUAUCAUCUGAUGACUUCGCAGUGUUGGAGUUUGCCGUUGGUGGUGUAGGUACUACCUUGUACGAUGAUCCGAUCAUCGAAGGCCAACCUGCCCCAUCGUCGCCCACAUACGCUGAGCAGCAUGUAGAUGUGAAUCAUUCGUAUCUCGUCACCCCAACUCCGCAAGACAACACCGCUGUCGAGUUGGACUUGUCUGUUGGCCGUGAUCUCGAUCGCUGUGCCGUUUCAACACUUGAUACAUCAAACAAACCGUUGCUGGCAGCACUCACAGUACAACACCAAGAAGGACAACGUGUUUUUCAAGAGUCGCACAAACGGAUGCUUAAUGGACUUAGAAAGUUCUUACGUCUUGAAUACCGUGAUAAGGACUGGGCUUUGCGCGAGCGCUCUCUAACCAUCGAACGCGAACUGCAACAAGAACUACAAGAGAUCGAAGCCGAACUCCAGAGUGCUCAGUGUUUACAGCACUAA